GGAGUUCUUCUGGGGUUACAGGACCUGGCCUGUGCCAUCUUCUGAUCCAGGGAGAUCCUGGGAGCAAAUAAAAGAGCCUUAAAUAUUGGGCAACAGACCCAUUGCACUGAGUUAUGCUUCGACCAAAGUAUCUGAACUUUGUGCUCUCUCUUAACUGUGGUGACCUCAUCCUGCUGCCCCAGCAGCAGCGUUUAAAGUCCACCGGAGAAGGGUGUACACACAGGCCGUGUAAAACUUUCAGAGCAGCUUAGUUGUCAUUUUUCACUAACCCCUCGCUGUCUCGCUAAACUUCCCCUGUGCCUGGAUUUGCUUCAAAAUGAAACUGUUCGGCGGCUUGUUGAUUCUCUGCAUGUCUCUGGCCGUGGGGACAGGCACUGAAGAGACAAUUCAGGACAAUGCAGCCCAUCCAUCAGCAGUGCCCGAGGAAGCCUCUUUUUCAGAUUGGGGUAUUGGGACCAUCCGGGAUGGCUUUGAGACUGUGAAUGCCUAUUUAGACUACGUAUCAGAGCUGCUAGGAGGGAAGAACGGUGUCUGCCAGUACCGGUGUAGAUAUGGGAAAGCACCAAUGGCCAGGCCAGAUUACAAGUCUCCAGAACCCAAUGGCUGCAGCUCCUAUUUCCUGGGUCUCAAGGUACCCGAAAGUCUGGAUAUGGGUAUCCCUGCCAUGACUAAGUGUUGCAACCAGCUGGAUAUAUGCUAUGACACCUGCGGGGCCAACAAAUACCGCUGCGAUGCCAAGUUUCGCUGGUGUUUGCAGUCCAUCUGCUCCGACCUCAAGCGCAGCCUUGGCUUUGUCUCCAAGGUGGCAGCAUGUGAAUCAGUAGCCGACGCCGUAUUUAAAACAGUCAGGACUCUGAGCUGCCGCCCUUUCAUGGACAGCCAAAGAAGCGCUUGCAUUUGUCAGGAGGAAGAACGGGAAGAGUUGUGAGGUGAGCGUCAAACUGCCUGACAGCGAUGGCUCUGGAUUCAUGCGCCCCUUUGCUUAGAAGCGGGUCCGGUCUCUACUCCCUACACAGGUGCAAUUUUUGGCAGCGGUUACAUUAGAGUAGCAGAUCAUUGCGAUCACUGCAAUUGCCUUAAUUGCAGCUUGAAGACUGGAACCGAUUGCCUUGGCCGGGCACUCUCGUCUGUUCCAUCUGACAACUUCUUUGACCUUCCCAAAGCAUCUGUUUGGCAUAAUGACAAACCUCAGUGAAGACCAACUGCGAUGUGUGUGUGUGUGAGCAUUCCAGAUGUGACAAAGGAUACAGAGAAAACGUGACAUUGGCUAUAGUACAUUUCCGCAGCAAAUAUUCACACAGCCGACUGGCUGUUAUCAGCAGACAUUUAAUGCUGCCAUAGUGGUGUAGAGCCAGUCAAGGGUCAUGAGAAUCCCAUUCUAUUGGAAAAACAGGUGCAGGGUUGCACCAGUAGUCCUGGAUCAUGGACUACUCAACAGCACACAGAAUGGCUGGUUCUGGGGAUUUCCCAAAAGACAAAAAAAGAGGGAAGAAUGACAAGAUCAGUGUGGGUUUUGAAGUUACUCUUAAUUUUAUUUCCAUUAAGGCAUUGCUCCACUUAAAGAGAAGCAACAUACAUAUUGCUUAAUAACAAGAAACAAAGGUAUAUUGACUAUUUGAAAAGUUUAUUAUGGUAGGCCAUUGUAAAACUAACUUUUAUUAAAUAACAUAUAUAGUUCAAAAUAACAUCAGAGCUUGCCAGUAACAUUUACGAUGCACUCUUCUAGCUACAAAGGAUUACUAUUAUUUUACAACUUCGGGUGGCACAACUAUAUAUUUUUUUAGAACCAUCCUCAUUCUUCUAAAAUAUAACUCUUAGACCCUCUGGGUUAUUUCUCUGUAAACACAAAUUGCCACUUGUCCCAAAUUUGAACGUUUUUGAUAUUUUGCCUGUUGCCCUCUGAUAAAAUAACACCAUGAUUCCUUUUCUAAACAUAUCCUGCUGCACCUAAACUUAUGUUCUCUGGUUCUUGAUUAUCUGAAACUCUUGGAGCUGUUUUUAACACUGUUGAACUUGUCCAUCCAUUUACAUUAUGAAUGCCUUACAGAAUUUACUCUUUUCAGUACAGUAUUUACUCUUUUCCAUGAUCCCAUAACUAAAUAAAUCCCCCCUCCCUAUUUAGGCUAUCCUGAGAUAA